AUGUACACCCAAUACAAGCUAUUGGAUCUGGUGGAGGGGAAGGAGAAGAUGCCGGAGGUCGCGGAGCAGAAAGGAGCGUGGAUGAAGCGAUCGUUCUACGCAUACAUGCUCAUGGCUUGGAGGAAGCUUCUAGAUGUGCACUCACCGACACAUGCUACCGGCAUCGUGCUACUCACGCGGCGGCUGCGCGACAUCAAGUUCGUUGAUGGAGAGCCGAUGCAACCGGUGUUAAAUGAGAUGCGCGUCAUCUUUACGAAGCUCCAAGGCGGCGGUGUGGUGUAUCUAGAGCACAUGCAAUGCGUGGAGAUUGUGAUACGGCUGCCAAAGACGUGGUCUGCCCUAGCGAUCAACCUCAACUCUCAGCAGCCCCAGUGGAGCGUAAAUUACAUUCGCGCGCGCAUCCUGGAGGAGGACUUGCAGCGGCAGAGUGUGGAGCGCUUGGAGGAGGGGGCUGGUUAUGGAGUUGAAGGUGGAAAGAGCGGCUUCAAGAUGAAGUGGAGGUGUGCUUCUACUGCAAGUAGCGCGGACAUCAUUGGCGGAAGUGCUACCAACGACCCAAUGAUUGGACCCCGCCUUCAUCAAGCAACCAGCGUGGUGGCACGUGGAGUGGGGGAAUCAUGGGAGCUAGUGGAGAGGAGAAGGAGAAGGAGAAAGGCAGCAAAUCUGAGGAGCGGAAGGCCGGGUUCUUCUUCUUCAUGA